AGCCGAAGAUGUUGGCUUGGUCAUGUGAUCAGCUGUGUCCAAUCACAGCUGAUCACAUGGGACAUAUACACUGAUCAUCAGAGCACUGAUGAUCAGUGUGCCCUGAUGAUCAGUGUUGCCCCAGAAAUGCCACCUGUCAGUGUCCAUCAGUGCCAGCUGCCAGUGCUGAACAGUGCUACUUGCCAGUGCCACAUCAAUGCCACAUAUCAGUGCCUACCAGUGCACAUCAAUGCCACAUAUCAGUGCCCAUCUGAGCUGCCUUUCAGUGUCACCCAUCAGUGCCAGUCAGUGCCACCUAUCAAGCCAAUCAGUGCCACCUAUCAGUGAUGCCAAUCAGUGCCACCUAUCAGUGCCAGUCAGUGCCGCUUAUCAGUGCCAGUCAGUGCCGCUUAUCAGUAUGCAUCAGUACCCGUCAGUGCCAGUCAGUGCCGCCUAUCAGUG